GGAAGAUUCGUGGCUCCGAGGAACAUGUAAGAGAGAAGAACGCACGCACAGAUUCGCAUCUCUCGCUCUCUCUGUGCAUUGAUGAUUCGCUCCCCCCCCACAAAACUGUGAAGCUCUCAACCAAACGGGUCUCGGUCCCUCCUCUCCCUCUCCCUCUCUAUAAAACCCCCCCUUCCGUCCUCCAGCUCCUCUCCUCUGUGUAACCCCCAACCGCUUCUGAGCUCCAUCUCUUCAGACAUUGAGCGGUUGGCGCGCACAGCAGCCAAUUGAUGCCGACGGAUAGACUCAUUCGAACCGUUGCUCGACUGCUUAUGAGUCUCGAGAGUACAUUGAACUCCAGUAAAACCUUAGAAGGUGUGCAUGGGGUACAUAUCGUGCCUCAUGCCCCAUUUGCACUCGAAGAGAUUAGCAAGCAUGGGGACUAUCCUCAAUCAAGUUCAAGAAUUGGACUAAAUCAGCAGCUUUUUGUGCAGCGAGUAUGGCAGCAAAGACCAUCAUGUUUGAGGCCUAUCCAAUGUUGCAUUCACGGUGAUCAGCAUCUUGCAGAAACAGUUGCAAAUGUGCUCACAUCCCUUCCUUUCAUUGCUCUUGGCAUGCAAACGCCAAGGAAGAAUCUCAACAUGAAGCUCUAUGCUAAUUCUUUAGUUGGAGUUGGAGUUGCAUCAUCUUUGUAUCAUUCUUCAAGAGGGAAGUUGAGGAGUUUCCUUAGAUGGGUUGACUACACAAUGAUAGCCACUGCUACUGUGUGUCUGUCCGGGGCCCUCAGAACUGAGAAUCCGAAGUUAUUGAUGGCAGCAUCUGCUGCUUUUCUUCCUGUCCAACCUCUGAUGGUCUCAGCAAUUCACACUGGAAUGAUGGAGGUAGCAUUCGCAAAAAGAGCACUGGAAGAUCCAGAUUUAAGGAUGGCUCACACUAUUCAUAAAAUGUCAACUUUGCUGGGAGGUGCCCUUUUCAUUGCUGAUGAUGUCUUUCCCAGGACGCCAUAUCUUCAUGCCGGUUGGCAUCUCGCUGCAGCUGUCUGCGUCGGCACAUGCAACAAGCUUCUGGAGUAGUGUAUUCCCUUAUGACCCUAUACAUUCAACUGUCUUCAACAUUUCAAGAGGAAAGCAAUGACAACCACAGCAGCCCUCCUUUUACGAAAUUUAUGUAGAAAGGGAGGGGAAGCCAUGUAAAAUUGUAGCUGCUGAUUCUGGUUAAACCCAAAUUGGGUUUACCAUGUAAAGUAAUUUUCAUUUCGGAAGUAGGAACUAAGCCAUUCUUCGCAUUCAUCGAGUUAGGCUUGUAGCUAUAGUAAGUAUUUGCCCGAGGUUCCAGUGCAACUAUCGUUGGUCUGGAAUCUAAGGGUAAAAAGUGUUUUUAUUCGUCUAA